AUGGCGGCUUUACAAGCUUCCUCUGUCUUAGUUUCUUCUUCUUCCUCCUCCUAUUCAGGUUGUUCUUCGAAGAGAACGAUCACCGCUGCGAUCCAACUCCCGAAGCCCUUGAAACUCAGCAUCGCUGAUGAUCCAAGCGUUGUGAUCACGAAGAGUCUAGUCGAGGAAUUGAGCACCAGGAAUGGUUACGCCUUCACGGAGCCACUACAAAUGGACGUCGCCCGGAAAGAUAUGGUCUUGGAGCAGCGCCGAUCGCCUACUUCUUCAGUCGAAAUGAUGAAGAAGCUCUAUGCGAUCCUGGAGGCUGUUGAAGAUAGAGUGGAGAUGCACGAUAACAUCGGCGAGCAGCGAGACAACUGGAACAAGCUCCUGUUGAACUCGGUCAACAUGAUGACUCUCACUGCCGCCACCACAGCCACGAUGGGUACGGUUGCACCGGCUCCAUCGCUGAGAGUAUGCUCAGCUCUCUUGUUUACGGCGGCCACCGGGAUGACGCUCGUCAUGAGCAAAAUCCAGCCCUCCCAGCUGGCUGAAGAGCAACGCAAUGCCUCAAGGUUGUUCAGGAAGCUCCAGUGUGAGAUCAAGUCGAUGCUCGUGCUCCAAUCCCCGACUGAGUCAGACGUGGAGGAGACGAUGGAGAAGGUGCUGGCCCUUGAUAGGGCUUAUCCGUUGCCUCUGCUCGGAGCGAUGCUCGAGAAGUUCCCUUCUAGAUUCGAGCCCGCUGCAUGGUGGCCCAGGGUUUCCAAUGACUGCCGCCAAUACCGAGGGGGGAAAACCGUUGCAAAAACAGAGCGAAAUGGAUGGAGCGAGGACCUAGAAGUGGAGAUGAGAGCCAUCGUCCAAGUCCUCAAGAGCAAAGACAAGCAAGACUACCUGAGGCUCGGGAAUUUGGCGCUAAAAUUGAAUAAGAUGUUGGCGGUUUCUGCUCCUUUGCUAACCGGCAUUGCUGCAGCCGGCUCGGCCUUCGGUGGCUCGACAGCCAUGACAGUGGCAGCCAUCACUGGGGCGAUGGCCGCGAUCAUCAACAGCUUCGAGCACGGAGGCCAAGUCGGCAUGGUGGUGGAGAUGUACAGAAACUGUGCGGGCUUCUUCGAGCUCCUGGAAGAGACCAUCGAAGCGACGCUCGAGGAGAGAGACUAUAGGAAGAGAGAGAACGGAGAGAUGUUCGAGAUGAAGGUGGCGAUGAAGCUGGGACGGAGCUUGUCGGAGCUCCGAGAUUUAGCAAGAAAAUCAAUGGCUUCUUGUAUAGAUGGGAGUGAGGUUGAUGAGUUUGGAAGCAAGCUUUUCUAA